ACGUAUAUAAGAGCUUUGGAAGAAGGCAUAGUUCAGAGAGAACAAAAACAAAACACAACGGUAAUGGAGUCUCUCUCCGGGGCGCAUUUCUCCGGUUGGCAUCCUUCAUCCACGUCAUCAUCCUCUUCUCAAAAUAUCUUCGUAAUCGGAGUCUCUGGAGGUACCGCAUCGGGGAAAACCACAGUCUGUGACAUGAUUAUUCAACAGCUGCAAGAUCACAGAGUUGUUCUCGUCAAUCAGGAUUCGUUCUAUCGUGGUUUAACAAAUGAUGAAUCGAAACACGUUCAUGAGUAUAAUUUCGAUCAUCCUGAUGCAUUUGACACAGAGCAACUUGUAGAAACACUCACCAAGCUUAAAUCUGGACAGUCAGUUCAGGUUCCUAUUUAUGAUUUUAAUCUCCACCAGAGAGCUUCUGACAGAUACAGACAGGUAAAUGCAUCUGAAGUAAUAAUUUUGGAGGGUAUAUUGGUUUUUCAUGAACAGCGUGUCCGCGACAUGAUGAAUAUGAAGAUAUUUGUCGAUGCAGAUCCUGAUGUAAGACUUUCCCGCAGAAUAAAGCGAGAUACUGUUGAGAGGGGUAGAGAUGUGCACUCUGUACUGGAACAGUAUGCUAAAUUUGUUAAGCCUGCCUUCGAUGAUUUUAUUCUUCCAUCCAAAAAGUAUGCUGAUGUCAUCAUACCUCGUGGGGGAGAUAAUCAUGUAGCAAUUGAUUUGAUCGUUCAACAUAUCCGCACUAAGCUUGGCCAACAUAACCUCUGUAAGAUAUAUCCAAAUUUGAAUGUUAUACAGUCUACUUUCCAGAUUAGAGGCAUGCACACUCUUAUUCGUGAUAGGGAAAUAUCGAAGCAUGACUUUAUUUUUUAUUCGGAUCGGCUAAUUCGUUUGGUAGUGGAACAUGGUCUUGGUUACUUGCCAUUUACAGAGAAACAAGUUAUCACACCUACAGGAUCAAUUUAUAUUGGAGUUGAUUUUUGUAAGAAAUUGUGUGGAGUCUCUGUUAUUCGAAGUGGUGAAAGCAUGGAAAAUGCUCUGCGUGCAUGCUGUAAAGGAAUAAAAAUAGGAAAAAUUCUCAUCCACCGUGAAGGUGAUGAAACUCAGCUUAUUUAUGAGAAGCUCCCGAAAGAUAUUUCAGAGAGACAUGUUCUUCUCAUGGACCCAGUACUUGGUACAGGUAACUCUGCCAGCCAAGCAAUCGAGCUUCUUAUAAAGAAGGGAGUUCCAGAGUCCAGGAUAAUAUUCCUCAACCUCGUCUCUGCUCCUGAAGGAAUAGAUUGUGUAUGUAAACGUUUUCCACAACUGAAAGUUGUCACUUCGGAAAUUGAAGAAGGACUAAAUGAGCAGAUCCAUGUCGUGCCUGGGUUAGGAGAAUUUGGUGACCGCUAUUUUGGUACAGAUGACCUCUAAAGACAAAAUCUCCAAAAAAAUAUGAAGAGGAAAAAAGCUCGGAAAAGAUGUUCACUAUUUUUUGACUGUGUAUAAUAUUGAUCUAUCUGCCUAGAAGGCUACAAUCAGGAACAACUACACCCUAAGUAAGGACAAGUUUUGUUUAAAAUAAUUAGUUAUCCAAUUGUAUCUGGGUGAGACUCGGGCUUCAGAUCACUGAUUUUUUUUAGUUGGCUUGGCUUGGCCUCCAUUUGUUUUCUUGUUUCCUUUACGGCUAAAAAAAGGUUAUUAAUUGGUACAUGUAUCUAUCAUUAAGUAUCUAGUUCGAUUGGAGCCAAUUACUUUUA